GCUGAGCACCAUAUUAAAAAGCUUUGCAACAAUCGUGCAUCGACGAUUCUUUUGGGUACGCGCAGUGCCUGCAGUAGGCUACUUCCUUUGUUUAUCGCAAGAUUGCUACACUAACGCUUUCCGCUUCGUGCAUUUUUUAAAAAUUUCGAAGUAUUCUUGUAGUUCAGAGGUAAGCGUUUCAGUAAUUAAUUCAGUCAUUACAACUGCUCAAUAAUUGAUGUUUUGGGGAACUUUUUAUUAUGAAGAUUUGUAGAUCUGAAACUUGGAAAAACAAAUGACUGCAAAUUUGUUCACAACAUUUCAGUAGACAAGGCGUCACGAGAGAACACAGUUGAAGCUUAAUGGUAACAAGUGUGGAGCAACGGAACAGCUGAGCCAGGUCUUUAACCAGACCGGUUAAAGACCUCCCUUUCACUUUACACGUACCAAUCAAGAACGACAUCACUUUAAAAGACAACAAGACGGAUUUCUAUAGUCGUGACCAUCACAUAUCGUUUCUUCUCUUGAAUGCAUCGAGACCCUCAUAUACCUACAUUUUCGAGAGCAAAAAUUAUUAUUAUCAAAAAAACAUUAUUAUUAAGAAUUUUUGCAUCUGUCAAACAUAGCCUACUGCACGGAAAACGAAACUGUAAACGCAAGGUGCUUUUCAUCAGUUAUCCAACGUUUUUAUCUUCAUUUACUUUGACGAACGAUGCGGAUUCUGAUCACCUUCUCAAUUUUAUUGACAGUAUCUUUCUCACUACCUGGAGAAAAAGAAACCAUGAUUCGGCAUCAGUAUAGUGGAAUCGUCGGGAGGACCGAGACCUCUGACACCCUGACAAUUGACAGUGUUCCGAUCGCGUGGAGUGACAGACGCGACAACGGGUUUCUUUCUGUCAACACUGAAUGUGAGGCUCCUUUUCUCAUGACGCUGGCGCUGAUCACCAGAAGUUUUAACCACACAGAAGCGAACAAUCACACAUAUCAGCGCACUCGCGAAUGUGUGGUGAAGGGGCUCAGGGUGCUGCAGGUGUCAGACCGGAUCCAUUACGACGGGGCGGAAUACCUGAGUCUGGACAGCGGCGCGAGCACCUGGAGGGCAGCCGUCCCGCAAGCCCUUGCGCUAAAGCGGCAGUGGGAUAGCGGGCGCACGGAGAGGCACACGAUUCACCUCCGGAACGGAUGCACCGAGCUGAUCAAAGCGUUCGCACACGACAACCAUUCUGCGCCAGCGGCAUCUUUGGGUACUAUGUUGAUUCCCAUCCUGGUAAUUGUGAUCUUCAUCCUCAUGGUCAUGGUCAGCUUCCUCAUCCCGAGACGUGGCGCAAAGCAGGCAGGAGGUGUUUUGGGCUCUAUCAUCCAUUACUCUGAGGGACACGUGGGCGUCACUCCCUCAAAAGGCGACCCAGAAGAAAACGACUGUGCGUAUACCCCAUCCAAAGGCAUGAAGACUUCCCUGUUGGUCAUUCCAGCUUAGGAAGGGCAGGGUUUUGACACCCGUGCGACAAAUUGCACUGUAUCCAAAAAUUAAUGUAUGCAUUUAAAGCGGCAGUGCAGGGUAAUGGAGAAUUGGACUUUUGACUCCAAAGUUGUUGAUUAAAAUACUGUUGUUGUACCCUUGAGCAAGGUAUUUAAACAGACCAAACCUGAACGUUUUGCCAGUGGACAGUGCCAGCCUAAAAGCGUUCUCAAUUGAAAAUGUUCAGGUACAUUCAAAUGAGCCUAUAAAUUGAAAUAACAUUUUUUCAGUGUAAUGUGUAAAUAUGUAUAAAGACCAUGUUGCCUAAAGAUCAAAAUGGUGUGCCCUACAGUGUUAUUUUGAUUUGUAAUUUGUGUACAGUUUGUGUAGAUUUUCUCCUACUGUGGCCCACAAUUUAUUCUGGUUAGGAAAUGAGCCCCAUAUAUUGUCUGUGGUUGAAUACAAUAACCAUGUGGAAUUGUAGUUCUUGCCUCUAUUAUCUCUUAUUUUACCAAAAGGUCUGAAAGCAGAAGACAAAAACUGCAAUAAUAGUAGCCCAACAACACCCAGAACCACUAAAUGUAUCGACAUGUAUAAUAUAAAUAAUGAAGAUGUACUAUAGUUCUGUUGAUGGAUAUCCAAUUUUGAUUUCUCUCUUAAAAACAAAAAUUCAGCUCCAAUAAAUUAUUAACUAAUUGUGAAGUUACACCUUCACUGCUGUGCCAACUGAAGUUGUCAGCACUGGUUGUUGUGUUGUCAGCACAAGUAACCUGAGGACACACAUGCACAUAAUCUUAAAGUAAUGGCAGUAAAAU